UGCUGGGGCAGAACAGGGAAAUGAAGUUAUCAGACAGGCCAGCCCCGCAGCAGCUCUGCCCGUAGCGAGCUCGGUGACACUUACACGGACUAUCACAGCUAUGAAAGUGCUCCUUUUCGGCGGUUUGUAGCUACAGUCGGUGCCGGUUGGACUGCCACACUUGUCGGAUUCCCCUCGCGGACUUUUCGGCGGAUUUGGAGUGUGGGACAACUCGCUAGCCUGCUAGCUCACCUUUAGCCUCCGAGUGUCUUUCAGCUUCAAAAGUAGACUUCAGCCGAGAUCUUCAGCCAUGCCUUUUCCCUUUGGAAAGUCUCAGAAGAGUCCUGCUGAAAUCGUGAGGAGUUUAAAGGAGAAUGUGGCAUACAUGGAAAAGCUGGAUUCUGCAGACAGCAAAAAGUGUGAAAAGGUUGCAGAGGAAGUGUCUAAACAUCUGGCUUCACUGAAGGAAAUACUCAGUGGUACUGGUGACAAGGAGCCUCAAACCGAAGCUGUGGCCCAGCUCGCACAGGAGCUGUACAACACCAACCUGCUCAUUGCUCUCAUUGCAAACCUACAGAAAAUUGAUUUUGAGGGGAAGAAGGAUGUGGUCCAUUUGUUCAGUAAUAUUGUGAGACGUCAGAUUGGAACUCGCACGCCCACGGUAGAAUACAUCUCUACACACCCGCAGAUCCUCUUCAUGCUUCUGAAAGGAUAUGAGAGUGCAGAAGUGGCCCUGAAUUGUGGCAUGAUGCUGAGAGAGUGCCUGCGUCACGAGCCCCUGGCGAGGACCGUGCUCUUCUCCGAGGACUUCUACUGCUUCUUCCGUUACGUGGAGCUCUCCACCUUUGACAUCGCCUCAGACGCUUUCGCCUCGUUCAAGGAUCUUCUCACCAGACACAAGAUUAUGUGUGCGGAUUUCCUGGAGAACAACUACGACCGGGUUUUCACAGAUUAUGAAACGCUUCUGCAUUCUGACAACUACGUGACCAAGCGGCAGUCCUUGAAGCUCCUCGGGGAACUUCUCCUGGACAGACACAACUUCACUGUCAUGACCAAGUACAUCAGUCGUGCGGAGAACUUGAAACUGAUGAUGAACUUGCUGCGAGACAACAGCCGGAACAUUCAAUUUGAGGCAUUCCACGUCUUUAAGGUGUUUGUUGCAAACCCCAACAAGACUCAGCCCGUGCUGGACAUACUGCUGAAGAACCAAACCAAGCUGGUGGAGUUCCUCAGCCACUUCCAGACGGACAGAUCCGAGGACGAGCAGUUCUGUGAUGAGAAGAACUACCUGAUCAAGCAGAUCCGGGAUCUGAAAAAACCCACCACACCGGAGGAAGCCUAAAGCCGCACAGACAGCUGCUGUUUCAGGUGGAGGAGUUUCAUGGUGGCGGUCGGUGCUGCAGAGAGCUAGAUGUGAGAAAAAAAAACACCUUCCAUUAAGAGUUAAAGGGCCAGUGUGUAGGAUUUGGGAGAGUCUGUGGGCAGAAAUGGAAAAUAAUAUUCAUUCAGGUUUCAUAGGAUUAUAAUCACCCGCUAAGCCUUGUGUUCUGCUCUGUUGAGAGUCUUUGGUUUCUGUCUAGGGAGCGGGUCUUUUCCUUUUGAGGUUGUGGAACUGCAUAGCACCGUUUCAAGCUGGAGAAAGUACGAAUGAAGCACCAGCUCCUGAGCCCUCUCUGCUUCUUAGCAGGUUCCCUGGCCCCCGUAGCUUCUCUUACGCUUUAAAGAUAGCACAAUGAAAGGGAGUCUGUGCCCUCGUCGGCAAAAACGCCACUAAAUUCUACACACUGGUACUCAAACAUCGAGGACAAAACAUAGGAAAAGAACAUCAAAUUGGCUUCUUUUACAUUCUGGUUUUGUGUGGAGGUGGUUUCCAUCCAGCAACACAAUGGGCCAAGAACUGUUAUUUAAACCGCAGUGCUUCUUCUUCUUCUUCCUCCCUUUUUAGUGACGAUGAGAUGCCUUUAGUCUGUUUAUGUUGGACGUUAAACUGUUACCCCUCUACUUACACUGUUGCUGGCUGAGACUCUUCUGUUGUCUGAGGUGGGCUUCAGAGUCCUUUUUGCAAACUCUUCUUUUAGAGGUUGAAAUGCUGAGAAGUAAAUAUAUAUUGUUUUUCUAAUGUAUCUUGAACCAUUUAAAGCACAGUAAACCUUCUCUUUGGACUUUGUGUAAUCUGAUUGCUUAGGUUUGGUUUCUUGCCUUAUUGUUAGCCUUUUGGUCAAACGGGGACUGAUCUUUAGCCGAUCUUUGGAUGAACUGCUUUGGAGUGAGAUUUGGAGCGCACGGACCAGCUCAGCACAAAGUAGUGACAUUAGCUGAUUAAUGUGUAGUUUAGCUGGCUUCGGGCUGCGGGCGUCGGGUCACAGGGGUGAGACGUGGAACACUCGCCCGUGCAUUAGGCGGCACAGGAAGAGAAAAUCAAAACCAUAGAGGGAUCAAUCAAUUAAUUGUGCUGUGAUUUUUUUUUUUUUUUUUUUUUUUUUUAGUUUGCACCCUGUGAUGCUGGCAUGACUGAAAUAGAAACAAGGCGUCAGAUAACGCCGCAGGGCACCAGCCAUCCGUUCACAGCCAGCAGACAGGAUACACCCAUUGAUCUCGUGGCGAUCGCUCCACGCGGUGGAGGCGGCCAGCAGCCGUUCACCAAAACACACCCGCUGCAUCACAGCCGUUACGUCCAUGUCGCAGCAGGAGGUGUUGAGCUUUAAAAUAGUGUCAUUGAUUUCAGUCAGUCACUGACUUCAGCCUAUAAUGUUUAGUAGUUAAACAUGACAUUCAGGCUGGGAAUUGGAUGUAACAACUUGAUAUUGUUCACCGUUGAUUUUCAGAGUGAAAAUGUGCUUCUAGAAUUAUUAUUCCCCUUUAGAAUAUCUCCAAUACUCUCAGUACUACACAUGCUUCAGAUGUAUCAUAAGCAGAUGAGCGUGCUUCAGGAGAAAAGCUGCAAAUGUCAAAACAAACAGCAGGUUUGAACUUCGAGUUGAGAACUCCUCGCUGAUCUCAGUCGCACCAGGAAGUGGCAGAAGCAGAACUGAUUGAUCUCCUCUCUUAGCCAUGGAAGCUUUGGAUGUUACAACAUUGACUUUACUGCCAGAAUUUUUUCAAGAGUCACUUUGUUUUUUUUGAAGUGGAUCAUUUAUUCAGUUUGAAUCUUUAAGAAGCAGAAAAUUAAAGUGGUGAAUUGCAAAUUGACCUCAAAGAAGCCGCCUCACCCUCCUGCUCUCUUCUGAUCUAUAACCAGCUGUAACAGGCCUGUGAUUCGCCUGAGAUGACAUUUUCAGAAAACGCACACAACUCCAUUUCUGUUGGAACAGCACUGACUUGAUCCCUCACACACACUUCACACCGAGUUAUAUAAAUAUAUAUAUAUAUAGAAGAUGUUUGAUUUCUGUCUCUGAUUGUGACCAAAUACUGGGUAGUAAUUGGGGUGUGGAGGUGUGUGGCCUGUGCACAGUCUUUUAGUAUAUACCUCAUGGGGUUUGAGUUUGCAAAAUGCUGUGUUCUUUUUCCUUCCUUCUCUCUUUGACAUGAUAUUUUAUUGGCUAUUUUAAACAUACACAACAUUGGGAUGUAUGCAUGCCUAAAUAUAAUAUAUAUAUGUAUAUGUUCAGACUUGAACAGGGACUGCAGGCUGGUUUUCUCAAUGGGAAGCCAGAUUUUUACACUUAAAUAUUUCAUUGGGCGGUGCCGCACAAACGUUAAUUCAUAAUGAAUUGCAGUGUGGUACCCUGUAAUGAAUGUUGCCUUAUUUAAAAGACAUUUAAUGGAUCGUAAUGAUCGUGUUAAAUUCCAGACCUCUUAAUUUGUUUUGAAACCAAAGUGACCAUGAAAGAAAAAAAGGGUGAAAAAAUUGUAUAUUUCAUGUCCCAAAUGCAUUAUUAUUGACUUUCUCAGGUUCAUAUGUAGACUUCUUUAUUUUCCUUUGCAGGCUGCUUUACGCUCCAAGCGUGAUCCUGCGAGUGUACAUAUGUUUUAAUCUAAUCCGCAGGCAUCACUCGGUAGUUUAGGUAACUAACCGACUUCUAUUUGUUGUUUUUGAGUAACUGAUCGCUGUUUGGUAAACUGCACCGGGUAGUUACAUUGAUCUUUAGCAGCCAUAGAAUCAUUUGGGAACUCUGCUGUGAACAUGGUACAUUCAACAAAUAGACUGAAGUCCUCACCGUGCUCCGUCAUGGACAAACGGAUAAAAACAUUUUCAACAAACUUCUGGAUUAAUGACAAAAGUAUUAAAAUCUCUGGAUCCUGAAUAUCAAUACUCUAUAUUCCACUGUGGUUUUCUGAAAAAAUAAGUAAUUCAGUGUCAAAGCUUUCAGUCAGAAGAUGCACUGUGAAGGACAUGCUGUGCCCAGCUUUCCCACCAGGGGGUGCUGUGGGUUACACUUGCACCUUGUAUUGGAUCUAUAACUUAUUUCACUUCUCUCACCCUACCUCCAGUUCUUAACUAUUUAAAAAAAAUCACUGGCAAGGCUAUGCAGACAGGAAUUCAAAAUCUUCUCAUGUACCGGAUAUUUCAUGAUUUAUUUUUCUGUAUUUUUAUUUCCUUUUGAGCCCCCCUCCUCCCCCUUUUUUUUUUUUUUUUUUUUAACUCUGUUGCCUUCUUUUUCUCCUCUUAUUCUUUCCACACUGGAUAUGUUAUUUACCAUGGGAGCGAACUAUGUGUACAUAACUUUAUAAAAUAUAAGUGAAGUGUGAAAGCGUUGAUGAGAAUAAAAGUUUAUUGCAAGCUA